AUGCAGGUCAAUUCGUCUAGCAGGUACAAGGCAAAUGCCGACAAAGCGAUUGGAUGUCUGGGAUCCAUGCAUGUCCCUGUCCGCUUCACAUGCAGUCGAGUCGAACCUCUCCCCCCCUUCACACGGUGCUUCUCGCCUCCCGCACGCGGUCUAUAAAGAGCAGCGACAUUCCUACCGUCUGUUUCUCAUUAACCUCACUCUCAUCCUCCUUCGCAUUUCUCAAACCCCUGGUAUCUCUCGCGUUUUGCCAUGAUUCGGGGUAUCUCCUAUGCGCUUUGCGCGCUGGCUCUCAGCCCCUGGGCGACAGCAGCCCCGCAGCUAGAUGCUCGGGCUACGGGCAGCGUGGACGCCUGGCUUGGAACUGAGACCACGGUCUCCCUCAAUGGCAUUCUUGCGAACAUUGGCGCGGACGGAGAGUUCUCCAAGAGUGCUAAGUCUGGCAUUGUCAUCGCCAGCCCGAGUACUAGCAACCCGGACUAUUACUAUACCUGGACUCGAGACUCAGCCUUGACCAUGAAAGUCCUUGUUGAUCUCUUCGUCAAUGGUCAAGCGAGUCUGCAGACGGUCAUUGAAGAGUAUAUCAAUUCGCAAGCCCACUUGCAGACCGUUUCCAACCCAUCUGGGUCGCUCUCCGGCGGCGCAGGUCUUGGAGAACCCAAAUUCAAUGUUGACGAGACGGCAUUCACCGGCAGCUGGGGCCGUCCCCAGCGCGAUGGACCUGCGUUGCGCGCGACCGCUCUGAUCACCUUUGGCAACUGGCUGAUCAACAAUGGCUACUCCACCGAAGCGACGAACAUUGUUUGGCCCAUUGUCCGUAAUGACUUGUCUUACGUCGCUCAAUACUGGAACCAGACUGGUUACGAUCUGUGGGAGGAAGUCAGUGGAUCCUCUUUCUUCACUGUUGCUGUUUCACACCGGGCACUUGUGGAAGGCAGCACCUUUGCCAAGAGCGUUGGCUCAUCCUGCAGCUGGUGUGAUUCCCAAGCCCCGCAAAUCUUGUGUUUCAUGCAAAGCUUCUGGACCGGAUCCUACAUGCUUGCCAACACCAACAGUGGUCGGAGUGGCAAGGAUGCGAACACCGUGCUCGCCAGUAUCCAUACCUUUGAUCCCGCCGCGGGCUGCGACGACACGACCUUCCAACCAUGCUCACCACGUGCGCUGGCCAACCACAAGGUCUACACUGACUCUUUCCGGUCUGUGUACUCUCUGAACUCUGGCAUUGCUGAGGGCACCGCUGUUGCAGUCGGUCGCUACCCUGAAGAUUCCUACUACAACGGCAACCCCUGGUUCCUGACUACCCUUGCGGCCGCGGAGCAGCUGUACGAUGCGAUUUACCAGUGGAACCGCAUCGGGUCCAUCACUAUUGACAGCACAUCGCUUGCCUUCUUCAAGGAUAUCUACAGCUCGGCGGCGGUCGGAACCUAUUCCUCCUCCAGCUCAGCCUUUAGCUCCAUCGUCAGCGCUGUUAAGACUUACGCUGAUGGAUACGUGAGCGUUGUUCAAUCCCAUGCCAUGACCAAUGGCUCCCUCGCCGAACAGUAUGACAAGAACCAUGGCACUCAGCUCUCUGCCCGCGACUUGACUUGGUCCUAUGCUGCUGUCUUGACAGCCAAUAUGCGCCGUAACUCGGUCGUACCUCCCUCUUGGGGCGAGACCGGCGCGAGCAGCGUUCCCUCUGUCUGCUCCGCAACCUCCGCGAUGGGCACUUACAGCACCGCCACCAACACUGCAUGGCCUAGCACCUUGACCAGCGGCGGCGGCUCCGGGACCACUACCACUACCACCAAGGCUAGCGGCGGCGGUACAACCUCCACAAGCACUUCCACCACAACCACCGCCUGCUCAACUCCCACCAGUGUCGCCGUGACAUUUGAUGUCAUUGCUACCACUACAUACGGCGAGGACGUGUAUAUCUCAGGAUCAAUUUCCCAAUUGGGUAGCUGGGAUAGCAGUAGCGCGGUCGCAUUGAGCGCCAGCCAGUACACCUCCAGCAAACAUCUCUGGUAUGCUACGAUCAGCCUUCCUGCCGGCACUACUUUCCAGUACAAGUACAUACGCAAGGCGUCCGAUGGAUCCGUUACCUGGGAGAGUAACCCUAACCGGUCAUACACUGUUCCCUCUAGCUGUGGAGUCAGCAGUGCCACGGAGAGCGAUACCUGGAGGUGAUUUUGGUCGAAGAUGCUUUCGAUCAUAAUGGGUAGACUAAAUUAGCCCAGCAUAGUAUGAGCUUCUUGUUGAAGUCUCGAGCAUGUGAACAGAGCCUUGACAACAAUUCCUAAAUCAAAU